ACUUUCUUCUUGCUUUUCCCAGGGGACAAAUCCUUCUUUAUAAGAAAAUCAGGAUUCUCUUGCGAGAUUUUGCUUCACCGUGCAGUCUAGUAUCGAUACUUUGCCUGAAUUUCAGCUUAAAGAGCAUGUUCAAAUUUCGUUAUUCAAGAUUCGUGUGAUCCAAGAGUAAAUAUGAAGAAGGAAGAAGUUAAUCUUUUCCUUGAUCUAGCCAUUCAAGAUAAGAAUUCCUUCAUUAUACAUUCACAAGUUGUACAAGGCAAGGUAUUCCCUACCCUCCUUGCAUCGCAGCCAUUAAAAGGACCAUCCAAGAACAGUUUCAUGGCUUCACCAUCAAAUUAUCUAAAAACCAUCAAGAGAUAGCAGUUUUUAUAGUAAUUCUACCGUGCAGUUUCAAGAUGCAGGGACUAAUCCGAGGGGUAAGAUCUUGCUGGGAAACGGUCAGGCCCGCAAUUAUAGAGCAGUCUCGGGGGAGAAUCGCUGUAGAGAGGAAGAGCGUGUUCUCGCGUUUUGGAUGUGCCACCUCUGAGUCCCAGCAAGAGAAGGGUUUGGAGAACGUAACGGUAGCAGAGAUACUCAUGACCAAAGGUGAAGAACAAGUUGGGUCUUGGCUCUGGUGCCGCAUCAACGACACUGUUGAUGAUGCCAUGAAGAAUGUAGGUAUCUACAACAUUUUAGGAAGCAGAAUGAACACCCGUUUCAUUCACUUUGAAUGUGUUUCAGAAUUCAGACAACAUCAGCUAUUAAAAGAAAACGAAAUAUUAUCCUGCAGAUGGCAGAACAUAAUAUCGGGUCAUUGGUGGUACUAAAGCCAGGGGAGCAACAACAUAUUGCAGGAAUCAUCACAGAGAGAGAUUAUCUGAGGAAGAUCAUUGGGCAGGGAAGAUCUAAAUACACGAGAGUUGGGGAAAUCAUGACUGAUGAGAACAAGUUAAUUACAGUGACAUCUGACACGAACAUUCUUCGAGCAAUGCAACUUAUGACAGACAAUCACAUACGGCAUGUUCCUGUCAUUAAUGGGAAAAUAGUGGGCAUGAUUUCGAUUGUAGAUGUUGUCCGGGCAGUUGUGGAACAACAAACUGGGGAACUAAAGCGAUUGAAUGAUUUCAUCAAAGGAAAAUACUAUUAGACUGUAUAAAAGAACAACUUCAUGUCGACUAAGGAAAGCUAUUGAAACUAUACACAACAGGGCUAAAAUGUAACACGCAACAGCUAAGAAAAUUGAUUGAAUAAAAGCUGAUUUUCAAC